AUGGUCUUUCGGCCCUCACUGACCUUGUACGCUAAGAAACCAUCUUCGACCGUCUGGCUUUCUCGACAAUCCCGCGAUCCGUAUGUCCGCCUCCGCUCGUCGUCCAACAUGAACCCCGGCGGCCAGCCGGGUCACGGCAACGCCGUCGCGCCAUUCUCGUACCGGUCUCGGGCUGCAUUCAAGCUCCUUGAGAUGGAAGAGCGGUGGAAGUUUCUCAAACACCGGGACGUCGGGGUCGUGCUCGACCUCGGCGCCGCGCCGGGCGGCUGGAGUCAGGUUGUUGCAAAAACCCUGGGCUGGGAUGGAGACGCCCGCAGCGGUGGGCAUGAGCGGUCGGGGACGGCUCAUGAGGAGAAAGCUGAAAGCACCGAGGGCCUUGACUGGGGCGACGUCAAUCCACUCGAUAUUUCGUCAUUCGAAAGCGCCAAGCGCGGAAGGGGGAUGAUCAUUGCUGUGGAUCUCCUCCCGAUGAUUCCCAUUGCCGGAGUUCAAUUCGUCCAAGCCGACUUUAUGGCACAGGAAACGCAUAACAGCAUCAGGGCUCUCAUCGAACAGAACACCGGUCAGGGUGGCAAAGCCGACCUCAUUCUGUGCGAUAUGGCGGAAAAUUCAAGCGGCAACGCGUUUCGCGACAUAGAAUCGAGCCUGAGAAUAUGCGAAUCUGUUUUGCACUUCACAAAGUUGCACUUGCGGCCGGCAAAGGAGAUAGGACGCGUAAAUGGCGGGGUUUUGUUGUGA